AUGGCCGGCGGCGCCUUGCAGCUGCUUGACGCUGUCUACGACGCAUCCGUGCCUCUGUCAGACGUGAUCCUCACCCAUCCGUCCCCAUCACCCGUCCCUGCUGCUGCUCCCGCUGCCUUCAUUACCCCACAUGCCAAAUCUUCGCCCAUGUUGGCGGCAAUCCGCAAGCUGCAGAGGCAGCUGGAGAGCUAG